UUACAGGAAAACAGGGUUGAAUAAUUUAUUUUAACUUAUUUUGUCCGUGUAUUAAAUAAUUUAUGAAUAACAGAAACGUUGUCUCGUUUUCUUACACUAUUGUAAAUUGGUAAUAUUUAUAAUUUGGUAAGUCCACGACCCGUGUGAUAAGAGAUGAUAAAAUGGCCUACGAGAAUUGGUUGAGUCGUAGGAAAGGUAAACAAAGCGGCAAUUUAUUUAAAUUGGACAGCAACAAAAGUAAUGAAGAAAAUAUAAAAGAAAUUAUUCAAGGGCUAUAUCUAAAGAAACCUUAUCAAAAUGAUGUUUCACCUACCAAUAAAAAUGUACAAUCAGAAAUUAAAUUAGGCCUCCGCGGCAUGCCAAGAAACAGUUCUGACAGCCGCAGAUUGUCCUACUUAAAUGCCUUAGUCACACUUUUAUGUAAGGAAGAUAGAUUUAAUUUGGGAUUCACUAGUGAUGAGUUAAUGACAUGUAUUCGAGUAAGCUUAGUGGAUGAAUCUAUGGUAAUAAGAGCAGCAGGUUUGAGGGUCUUACGAUAUUUAAUAAAGACUGAAAGUGACGUAGCAACUUUUAAUACACUAAAGUUGCAAUACCUUGUCACUAGAUCCAUAGACCUGAUGCUUCGUAAUGAGGAAGAACGAGCACAAGCACUUCGUGUAGUAAGAAGAGUGGUUGCUGUGGUGGGUGCCGCAGUAGGGCAAUCCAUGUUGCGUCAUCGAGCGGUUUAUGUAGACCAGGGCUUACUGCGCUGUCUUAUUGCUGUCACACGCUCAGGAAACACCGGUGACGGAACAGGGGACAGGCUAUCAAGACCUGCUAUAGCAACCCUAGCAGAAAUAUGUGUGUUAAAUCCAGAACUGUUCAUUAUGUGUGGCGGCGUGACGGCGGUGACACGCCAGUUGGCCGAGUGCGCCACUCCCCGAAUGGCCGAAGCCCUCUGUGGGGUGUUGUUGCACACGCUAAACGACCCCGUCUCGCGGUUCGCGGCGAGAAUCGACCUCACGUGUCUCAGCUCUCCCUACUGCGACUUCCAUUUUCGACCAGCGGGAACUGACACUAGCAGAGACGAGCGCGAGAUGCGCUUCACGUGCAGCCGGCUGGCGCUGCUGUGCGCGCUGCGCAGCUGGCCGGGGCUGCUGCACUUCUGCCAGCCGCGCGGCGCCGGCCUGCCCGCGCUCGUGGCCGCGCUCUACCUGCCGCGCCUCGAGGUCCGAAAAGCUAUACUGGAUUUGCUGUAUGAACUAGUUGGAUUGCCACAGCCAGAAUGGACAGAUGAAAUUUCGGUAGCCCUAGAUGCCGUAGAUCCAUCUGACUUCCAGGAUUCCUGGCGACUAAACGAAGGGUUUGUUGCCGCGGAAGGUACUGCCAUACUACCCCAUCUAAGUGCUACUGGACCUGAUAUUAGUGAAAUACAUCUCGCUCUAUUGCUUCAGUGCUUUUUAGAGGCUGGAUUAUUAGACGGGUUAGCCGAAGUGAUCGUAACGAGUGACACGUUUAUAUCAGUCAGAGCGACUGUGUUACUAGGCCAACUAUUACAUUUAGUUCAUUUAUUCGUACCAUCUCAAAUAUGUAGCGUGACGCCGGCAUUACCGUCGCUGAUGUCUCAGGCGUCGGCGGGCAAGCCGCAGGCACUCGCGGCCAUCGCUGCCUUACGCAGGCUCCACUCGAUGCUUGAAGCGCGACCGGCUAGCAGCAGUUUGUUCCUAGACCACAUCAUACAGUACUGCAGCGGCGCGUUCAAAGAGAAAGUCGAGGACACCACCAAAAGCAGAAAGGAGAAAGACAACGCGAACAUGGCGAAACCCAAAAACGACAACGCCCUGCACAAAGACAACAGCAGCGAGUUUCUUGACUACUCGGACAACGAGAACGAACCGAAGAGGCAUAGCGUCGGCUCGCGCGCAGAUGUCUCCAACAGAAACGUCAGUGCGUUAGUGAAAAGCAAAAGUGUCAGUUCUCGGACUAGUGCGGCAGUGAGCAAAGUGACUAAAUCGGCCAAACUGAACAGACUCAAACUCUUCGAACGGGACAGCGAUAGUUUAAUUCGAAACACGUUAGUGAUGCAAAACAAGGACGGCAACACUUGGGAUUGGGAGAUAAUUCGGACUAUAUUGAAGGAAAACGACAGUGCUCCGUUACUGAAUCUGAACGACAGUGGUCACAGAGCGUGGGUGGGGCGCAUUAUCAAUUACCUGAAGCCAUCAUCGAAUAAGUAUUCCCACACCGACCUUUCGACCACGGGCCACGGUCACUCGGCCACGCGGGCUGGUUGCCAGCUAAUAAGGCAUCUAUUGAGGCAUAAUGAUCCUGACUGCCACAGGAUGCUAGAGGAAUUGUUUUACGACGUAAGCCGUCAAAUCGAAGCGAUCGAAACCGGCAUCAAAGCCCACGGCUGCCUCUUCAGUCCUCAGCACAUGUGUAACACGAUGUGUCAGAUGUACUUCCUUUUCAUUGGGCAACUAUGCCACUCGCACACUGGCCUAAGACUUUUUAAGGAGACUAGGUUGUACGAAAAUCUGUUAGAACUAUCAACGAAAACACACCACAGUUGCUAUGUAAAGUUAGUUAUAUCAAGUUUAGACUAUACCCUGGAUUCCUAUCCUCGCGACAUUCUUGCCAAGACCCUAACCUGCAGCAUCCAAGCAUCAAGACUAUACACUACACAGUUCCUAAAUGUGUUGCUGCGGGCGUCACGAAAGUCGCACGAUUUGGUUCGGAGGAAAACGAAAUUGAAGAAGAACUUUAUUCAAGAACAAGUGAAGCCGCCGCAUAGAGACGACGGCGAUGUUAACGUCGGUGUGGAUAUGGACACGUGGAUAUUGCAGAUGUUGGUUGGACAGGUGAAGGAUGAGUCCAAACAAGUUGUGAAAACGUCGCUAGCCAUUUUAGAAGAAGCCUACAGUGUGCCUGUUUACUUCGACAAGCUGAUGUCGAUGAAAGAGGUACUCUGUCAGAACUGCAGACUCGACAAGGCAGCGGAGCCGGGCUCUCUCGAUUUCGCAGCGGUUGGCGACAGAGGCUACCUGCUAUGGCUUGGGCUGGAAGUGGCCGCAGCCUCUCACACCUCUGAUGUCAAGUCUGUGGCCUUUCUGAAGAAACACUUGGAGUUCUGGACGAAGUUUUAUAACUACAGAUACGUGCGUCUAGUGGAAGCCAGCGUGCACGAGGCGCUAACUCUGAAUGAAGCGGCGGGCCAACGUCCUGCCCCCCGCGCCCGCCGCGCCGCGCGCCCGCCGCACCACCUGCACGCCGCGCUGGCUGCGCGCGCGCCGCCCGGCCUGGCACGAGCUUUGUUAGCUACGGUGCUACCCAUGCAUUAUAAGAUAUUACAACGCCAAAAGUGUGCAACCGAGCAAGAGAUCGUUGACCUAAAAGCGUCACUUUGGGCAGUGGGCAAUACCGCAGUGACCCCGCAGGGCUUACAGCAGCUUAUGAAUCUAUCCAACAACUACUUAGAAGACUCAGUCCCUGUGCACAUAGUCCGCUUGGCUAAGUACAGCCCUGUAUACUCAGUCAGAGCCACGGCGUUCUAUGUGCUCGGACUUAUAGGCAGCACCUAUGAUGGAGCCAAUUUGCUUGCUGAACUAGGUUGGCUUUGCGUGAGGCACACACGACACGAUCAGUUUCCUGUGAUCCCCGAAGAGUUUUAUCCAGCUGUAUACGACUCGAGCGGCAACCAAUACUUUGUGACCUCACCCGAUCGCCGAUUCAACUACGAUGCGGAUAUCAGCGAACACUCUGACCACACAGACCAAAGCACAGCGGAGAGCCUCCACUCCGACAUAACGAAACACCUCAUCAAAGUUGGAUCUAUACUAACAGAACAUGCCGAAGUCAAAGAUAUUGAUGUAGUAGACUACAAAAGCAACUUCACGAUCGAAGGUCGAAGGGAGCCGGAUAAAAGGAAAUCUCACACUUUACCCACUCAAGGCUGUAGCACGUCACACGACCGUCCGAUGCUCUCCGAGUCUCGAACUGUAGAUAUACUGAGAGACUGCUUGAAUUAUGAAAGACAGAACCGGCUGCUUAUAGGCAGGAUGAACUCCCUCGAAUAUGCCCACGAAGGUCGCGUCAGGAAUACCAGCGAGUCAAGUACCAGCGGUGUGAGCAGUUGCGAUUCGUUCCUUGGGAAAUAUGCUAUUCCUGAUAGAAUCUUGACUCUCAGUCCUAUACCGAGUUCAUCAAGUCUAUACGGCAUGAAAAGUAAUAGCAGCUCACAUCGCGCCAAGAUAUCUGAACUCCAACGACGGACAUCUACCUCAAGUUUUACUGGUCCAGAUGUGGCAAGCUCUCCGCCCAGUCAAGCAGACAUAACUGGGUUUGCGACGCUAAAGUCUUUGAACAGACGGCCUCAUUUGUCGGAAAGUGCUGCAACUGGAUCAAGUGACUUGGAUGACUUGAGCUGGCUGUUAUCAGAAAGCAACAGAAGGUCGAAACCGUUUUCCUCUCUCAGGGAUAGAGCGAAAUCUACAAGAGAAAGGAUGACGAAGUUAAGCCUUCUAGAAUACGACUGGAAGCCCCUCGGCUCAGACGCGGGGCGGCAGUCGCCGGCGCGGCCGCGGCAGAGGCGCUCCAGCGUGCCCCCGCCCGCGCCCCGCCCGCCGCCGCCGCCCGCAUACAUCGGCAUCUGUCUACCGAGGGACUUGACGGAGCUGUUCCCGAGCCCCUCGGGUCGGUCGCGGCCGCGGCAGAGGCGCUCCAGCGUGCCCCCGCCCGCGCCCCGCCCGCCGCCGCCGCCCGCAUACAUCGGCAUCUGUUUACCGAGGAACCUGACGGAGCUGUUCCCGAGAGAAGACGAUGGCAAAGAGCGCGACGAUGGCGAGGGCAAGCCGGACGGCGCGCGGCGCACGCGAGUUCCUUCGUUCCUGGCUGACUCAAGCAACGCAAGCACUGACAACAAGUCGCGCGCCACGCCGGAUAGCCAGAAACUCACCUCGUACAGAACUUCAUUAUUCAGUGCAACAGGCACCGGUAAUGUAGGAGCAAUGAACCCAAAUAGCGGAAUAGCCAAAGAGAGAGUGUUGAACUCGACGACCGUAGCCGAAAUGACUACACCGGUCGACGCUAUAAUCGAGGAGCGGUCGCAGGACAGCAGUAAUAGUAGCAACACCACGACUGUUAACGCGACAAGCACGCCAGUUCCAAACGCGUCUGAUAAGACGGAUAACGUUGAGAGUAGGCCAGAGAAGGCACCAUUGGCCGGUGAGGGUGACGCGACGAAGAGUCACGCGGAUAAUGACAACAGCUUGAGCACGGCUGGGGGCGUGUCGUCGAGGAAUGUCAACAGGUGGCGCCACUCUGCCUCGGAUUGCUUGGCGUGCGUGCGCACGAGGCCUCCGUCGUCGCAUGAGCUUCGCGAAAUGUUCUUUGCGGGCAUGGACGGCGCGGGGGCGGGGCCGGUAGGCGGGGGGGCGGGGCCGGUGGGCGGGGGGGCGUUGGCGGGCGAGCCUCGCAGCCCGCCCGCCAGCCCGGCGCCGGCUGAGCGCUCGCCGCACGCCGAGGUGCUGCACCACGUGCACUACAUGUCCAACCCCACGCACUUGAGACAGACUCGCUCAGCGCUGCUGUCGCUGAAGCAACGCCACCCAGACGUGUUCCGCAGUCCGUGCGUGUAUUCCGACGUGUGCGCUUUAUUAGCCCGCGACACAUACAUGCUGUGCGCGCGGCGUUUCCUGCAAGAGUUGUUCCUGGAUACAAACUUCGAGUGUUUCGCCGCGGAGCCCACCGCCUUGCUCGCUCGCCGUGCCGACCACCGCCACAGCCAAUAGCGAUUGGCCACGCGUCUCUCGUAGCCGCGGUGACACGGCGGGGGCCGUCUGUGAAUGACGUCACGAAUAACGCGUAACUACGCAAAGGCAGGUUUUAUAUUGUCUGUAUUAGAUUUUUUCUGCAAUAAUUGCAAAAAUAUUGGUGGCUCUUAAUUGUAGUGUUUGUUUCUUUGCAUUGAAAUUUUUAGAGUAGUAAUAAAAAUAACUUUUCAUAGCCUUACCUAAUUUGUCGCGAUUAAACGAAACGCUUUUUUUGCUAAAAGCUGUUUGGAUUGAUUAUGGACACACAAAAUGGUAAUAAGCAUUUUUUUAUACAAAUACAAAAAAAAAUUGGCAAAAACAAUCAACGACUUCCUAGGUUCAGUAGAGAAAUAUGAUACAGACACCAAUUAAUGUCUUAUAUUCGUGAUGUUAUUUACGGAUGACCCCGUUGCUUCCAGACUGCCAGCGUGGUGAGUCAAACUCAGUUCUCAAGUACAGUAAGAACCCCAAAUAUUUGGAAGCUUUUGUAAAUUGUUAAAUAUCGUUCUUAAUUGGUGUUAUACCUUUUGACUAACGACUCUUGUGACACCCAAGGGCUUAAUGUGGUCGGGGGCAAUGAGUAUUAUAAUUAAAACCUUAAUAAGGUGUUUUGUUUCACGACUUGCGCAGCUAUUACUACUAUUAAUGUCCACAAAGAAAACAUUUCUAAAAUGACAUGUACGGUGGGCAAUAAAAAUAUCUAUUUAAGUAAAGCAAUAAGUAACGUAACGGUCGAAACGAUAGAGGUUUAAUCUAUUAUUAAUAACGUUUAUUUGGCUUGAAAGAAUUGGUACUUUAUUUACUUCGAUUUGGAUCGAAAUCGUAGUAUUUAACUAUGAAUCUUGCACGUCCACCUUUACCUAAGAUAUACCCAAAAUCCUUCAUAAACGGAAAUGAAAAAUAAAUAACAAGUAGCUUUUUGUGUCGUCUUUUAAAUUAUUGGGCAAGCAAUUAGCUGUCGUUAUAUAAUUUGUACCAGUUAAAAGUAUGAUUGUAAUGUUAGUUAGUCGUCUUCAGAAGAGAACGUUGACUUGAUAGCUAUUGCACACGUAACCGUCGGUUAGAUUCGUGUAUCGUCGUCUACCUGCGCCAAUCGGCUGGUAUUCAGUUUUUUGAUGGUUUGACUUCCUAUUAGUUUUAUUCUCAAUAUUUUUAAUUGUUUUCUGAAUAUCAAUUUUGAUUACAUGUAACAUUGUAUUGUUAUGAAGUAAUAUAAUUAUAGUGUUAACAACUAUUUUAUUGUAUUUACAUAUUAAUGCAAAAUAUAAGAUAAGCUCUUUAGAUAUUGCUGUAUCGCAUUAAUUAAGCACAUGUAUGCUUGAUAAUUUAUAUUAUUUUGUAAGGUUAGUUAUGUACCAUGUCAAAAGAAUCUUCCGGUAUCAUUAGCAUUCGCGCGAUGAGUAUUGACAAUGUUCCUUUCUAAUGGUGUGACUCUUUUAAUUAAUGUAACUUAAAAUAAAUGUAAAUCUGAAGCUGCAUUUAGAUCAUAUGUGUAGGAUUUGGAACUCCCGUCUCACUUCGCAACAACAAUAGUGUUCGCAGACUGACUACCGCACCAUUCCCUAUGAUCCCAUAGUUAAUUUAUUUAAGUGAUGUGCCUAUCCCACCUUUAGCAACGACGAGAAAUAUUUCCUAUUAUAGUGUUUCCUUCAUAAUUUAAUACAAGAUAGACAAAUAGGUUUAAUUAAUACACAAUUGUGUUCAAUUUUUAUGUCUUCAUAAACAUAAAUGCAUUUAUUUCACUUAUAAUAAUUGUUGUUAUUUAUGAAACUCAAACGAAAAUAUUAUGUAACAUUUUGAUAUUAUAUGCACCAAAAUAGAUAUCAGGAAAACAGUAUGCCACUUAUUUGUUAUAAAUCAUUGUUAAUGUUCAAGAGUAAUAUUAUUAUUGUAGUAGGCUAAGUUUAUUUUGUUUGUUUUUUGUAAGCUAAUAAACUUAAAAUAGGUCCUCAAAGAUAUACCACAGUAUUGGUAGUGUGUUAUCAUCUAAAAGUUGUACGUAGUUAUACACUCAAUACUGCAUUUAAAUAUAUUUCAGCAUACGAUAAAUAUCGUUGCUUUCAAAUAAGUAAUCUUCUUUACAAUUUUAUAAUAUGUUGGCCUUUUUCAUAAUCUUUAACUGUAAACUUCUAGCAUUAUCUCAGUACAUACAAACUGUAACUAAUAAUGUUCAUUGUUCAUUUCGAUUUCUGAGUUUGUCCUAUCACUAUUAAAAGUUAAUUACUUCCAGUCCAUAGUGUAUUUUAUCUUAUAUUCAUUGUUGGCGUAUUUGUAGUGUACCAUUAAGUUAGUACAUUUCAGGUAAUUUACAAAAUUUCGGAAGCAUGUGCAAUUGUGCAUUGUGCAAUCAGAUUUGCAUUUUGCGCCGAGGUUAACAAUUAGAAUUAACAUUAUAAAGCUAGUAAAUGUUGACGCCAAUGCCAGUCAUAAAUUAUUUUGUAUAUUUUAUACAUUAUCGUCAUGUGAUGUGACACUCAUCAAUAUUCGUAAAUUGUUACUUUUAUACGCUAUUAAAAUGUUUCCUUUAUAUUAGGGGUAAUAAAUAGUAUUUAUUUAUGAAAAAGGCCGAAGUAAGCUCUAAUAAAAAUACAUGAUUAUAAAGCAAGUUACGAACUGCAAUCUAAAAAUGUAUUGUGUUACUGCAAAAUAGGCAGAGAGUAAAUGAAAAUAUAGUGCCAUUGUGCUGGUUCCUUAUUAAAAUCAUUAUAACAAAAACAUACAUUAUAACCGACUCAAUUAUGUCACAGUCACUAUUCAGUAUAAUAAAAUAUUAUUUUAUACUGUA